AUGACCUUUCAGAUAACUAGUUUUCUUUAUAUUAUUGCUCUUUGGUUUCCGUGGGUUGAGAGCCAGUUUCCGAAAGCCUGUGUGAACCUCGAGAGCUUGAGGGACAAGACGUGUUGCCCUACACCAAACGGCUUCAAAGCACCAUGUGGUACAGACGGAGACCGUGGUGAAUGCCAGGAUUUGAUCGUUCGCCGGUGGAACAAAGCGUACAGCCAUUACCAAGAAUUCCAUAAAGGGGACGACCGCCAUAACUGGCCCAAUGCGCUUUUCAACAGAAGUUGCAAGUGCAAGUCAAAGUUUGCCGGUUACGAUUGUAGCAAGUGUAAAUACGGUUACCAUGGUGACGACUGCAACCAGAAAAGACUCCUGAAGCGUAGAAACUUCGCCAAGCUGACAAACGACGAGAAACAUCGUUAUAUGAGUUACAUCAAUAAGACAAGGUAAGAUUUAACAAGCGCGCCCAGGCGUUCGAAAGGAACUGGAACGGGGCGUCAGGGUGGGCAAGGAAGAAAGGAAGUUUCCUUUUUCCCUCUUGCGCGCGUGGACUGUGAGCUGUCUCUCAUUUUCUUUUCAAAUUAAAGAAGAAGAAGAAUUCAAACACCAGAAAGCGCAGAAACAUUUUCCGAGGUGGAGGUGAGAAUCGAUUUCUCGACCCUCCGAGUUCUAGUUCGGACGGUGUAACCACUGAGCUACUGGAAUUCUACUAGCGAGCAGGGUCGGAAUUUCAAUACAAGUACACCAGACUUUUAGGAUUGCAUCGGGGACUGAAGUUACUCCAAGUGUAACCAUGCACGCAAGCGGCGAGGAUAAACGAGGGAAGGAAAAAUUUUCUCGUCUCGUCCUAAUCCAUUACUGAUACGUCGUUGUUGGCAAUUGCACUGGCUGGAAUAAGAACUAAACGAAUUUUCAGAAACAUGGGCGGACUGUAAGCAGUCUGUCGCGCGCCCUAUAAUUAUCGAAUAGGACGCCUUUAGGGAAUUUGUCACACUAUUUGCUAUCUUUUUAGAAAGCUGUAACCUUUCUUCGCAGUAAUAUUUUAAGUCCAAAAAUUAUGCUCCGGGUUUGUUAUUUAAUUUCCUGUAGUCUGUUGCUUUGAAUGGUAAGGAUGGGCGUGAAGGAUUAAAACUUGAAAUUUUUCAAGAUUUUUCAGUGUAAUGUUAUGCCUGCAAAAAUCACAAAACAAUUAUCACUGACGGUUAGUGCUCUCUGAUGAAAGAAAUUUGUACUCCAUGUAGUAUCGAUCGAUACAAUCGACAAUUAAAUCGAUUGGUCUAGUAUCGACCGAUUGUCGGUCGAGUGUCGACUGAUACUCUACCGACAGUCAGCCGAUUGAUCGAACGAGUAUCGCGCGAGACCACGUUAUUGGUCGAUGUGUUGUAGGUGGAGUGUCGACAGAGCAUCGGUCUCCAACAAUUUCGGUUUGUUUUCAGGUAUGUGGACAGUGAUUAUGUUGUGAGCAGGAGUUCCUACCAAGAAAUACAAGAUAGAACCGUUGCCGGCCAGGAUCCAACAAGUUUGUUUCACAAUGUCACGGUCUUUGAUUUAUUUGUGUGGGUGCACUACUAUGCAGCGCGUGGACCAGUUCACGCUGAUAAUCUCACGGGCACAGUCAUGGACUUUGCGCAUGAGGGGCAAGGCUUUCUUACAUGGCAUCGGUUAUACCUGCUGGCGAUAGAGAGAACAAUUCAAGAAGUGACUGAAGACGAGGAAUUUACCAUACCAUACUGGGAUUGGACCGUUAAUGAAGACAAGUGCGAAAUUUGCACUGAAGACCUGCUUGGAGUGACGGAAGGAGACGGCACUGUGAAGGGGAAAUAUUUCAACGACUGGAGCACAAUAUGUACUUAUGAAGACACGCUCAUGACUCAAAUGUGUGACCCUGCGACUAAAAAUCCUGUUUUAGAGCGUUUGAAAGAGAGCGACAAAAAGAAGAUGAAAGAAAACGGAUACCACAUGACUUUUCCGUCCAAAAAGGAUGUAAACUUUGCUCUUCGUUUUGACACGUUCGAUCUUCCGCCCUACAGCGCAGAUUCAAGCUGCAAUUUUAGAAACCUCCUUGAGGGUUUCAUCAACACUACUACGGGUUAUCGACUGCCAAAUGUUCAUUCUCUUCAUAAUCGAGUGCACUUGGUGAUUGGAGGUGCAAUGAGUAGCUCUCUAUCAGCGUCUAAUGACCCCAUCUUCUUUCUUCACCACUCUUCUGUUGAUCGGGUUUUAGAGAAGUGGCUUCGUAAGUACAACAAGAAUGCUUCUGUUCUUUCGUCAUACGACGCUCCCCUUGGNAAACUUUGCUCUUCGUUUUGACACGUUCGAUCUUCCGCCCUACAGCGCAGAUUCAAGCUGCAAUUUUAGAAACCUCCUUGAGGGUUUCAUCAACACUACUACGGGUUAUCGACUGCCAAAUGUUCAUUCUCUUCAUAAUCGAGUGCACUUGGUGAUUGGAGGUGCAAUGAGUAGCUCUCUAUCAGCGUCUAAUGACCCCAUCUUCUUUCUUCACCACUCUUCUGUUGAUCGGGUUUUAGAGAAGUGGCUUCGUAAGUACAACAAGAAUGCUUCUGUUCUUUCGUCAUACGACGCUCCCCUUGGUCACAACAGAGGUGAUCUCAUUGUGCCACUCUUUCCUGUGUACACUCAUGAGAACAUUUUCAAGAAGUCGUUUGAGUUUGGUUACGACUAUGAGGAUGUUGACGAAGAGGGUAUGUGUUUCCAUAUUCCGUUUUCCUGA